AUGACAGCUGGGGAGCCGGUUUUCGUGCUUCGCACGGAACCGGAAGGGCUCGGCGAUGCAGCAGAGGGAUUUACAGGGAGGGAUGCAGGCACUCCCCGCGUCGGCAUCCGCAGUGCUAACGCGAAGCAAUUAUAUCGCCAGCAGUCUCCCUCCCGCUCCCGUAGUCCGCGCAAUCUUCCGUUAAGACGCCUCGCUUCCACAGGAUCGGCCGUCGGCGCUUCUAUGUCCUCGUCGCCUUCUCUCGCCCACUCCACCACGAUAACUAUCGGCCCGCCUUCCCCCGCUGCCUCCUCCGCCUCCCCAUCCCGGGGGAAGAAUUUCCCCCGCGCCACUCUCGGGGGAGGUCUAGGCGGACGUAACUCCCCCUCCGCCGGCCGCCGGCCGUUCUCCGCGACCGCGGCGCCGGGAAGCUCGCCGAAGCCGCCGCUGUCGCCGUCUGCGGCAGCACCGGGUGGUAACCCGUUGGGGGAAUGGGAGCUGAUGUGGCGCGAUGCCGUGACGCGCACGGAAUCGACCGCGCGGGGAUUAGUGGGUCCGUUGCAGCGGGGGGCUGAGGAGAUUCCCGCGCGGAUCCAGCGCGGAGUGGUGGACGGCGCAGUGGCGAUUGGAGGAGUUGCGAAUGCAGUGAAAGUCCGCGCGCAGGCGACGGCGAAGGCGGCGUUCGGGCUGUUGGAUCGGCUGGACGGCGAUCGCCUGCACUGCCCGCGAUGCAAGGGCUCGGGGCUGCUCUCGCCCUCGCAAGCCUGGUCGCGCCUGCUGCGCCCUGCGCCCGCCGCAACCAACGAGCCUUGCUGGUUCUGCCAAGGCAUAGGCGUGAUGCCAAUCUUCGAUCUCUCAGGCUUCCUCGUCGCUCGCUGCCCGCCGCUCGUCUCCUCCCGCCACGCCUCCUCCGCCACGCUCCGCUUCUCCUCCUUCCAGCUCUUUCUCGGAAAGUUCCCCGGCACGCGCACACGCCUCGUCACCUCCCGCCUGCCCCGCAUGCUGCGCCACGCCAUAUUCGCCCCGGCCCUCGGCCCCUUCUGUAACGCCUCACAGGACGAGGCUGUUCGCGCCUUCUGCUCCCGGGGAGACCCCAUAUGGGGUGCUCUCUCCUCGCCCUUACGCCCUGGCACGCCUGACACUGCCCGCGCCCCUGGCUCACCUCACACCUCUGGCGCCACCACCCCUAUGGCUGCUCCUGGGGCGUUGCAGAGCAGCACAGCAGGGGGGGCAGGGGCAGGGGCGGGAGAUGGCAGUGGGUUUGACGAGGAGUUGGCAACAGGGGGCGGUGAGUUUUGGGGGGCAGGAGCCGGGGGCGAGAUUGGGCAGCAGAGCCCACGGUCGUCGCGGUCGCCGCGGAGGGAGAGGAAUAAAGUGCGUGAGAAGGCGGAGCGGCAGGCGGUGGAGAGGGCGAGGGUGAUGCAGCGGAGCAGCAGUGCGAGGGGCGGCAGCGCGGGCAUUGGCGAGACGGCAGAGGCUCUGGAAGGAGACGCACAGGGCGGAGCAAACGAUUUGUGGUGGAUAGUGGGUGCUCGCAUCCGUGCUGCAGGCUCCUCCUUUGCUCCAUCCAUGGACUUCCCCUCCUCCCACACUACCAGCUUCAGCCUCGUUCCGUCCACCCCUAGAGCCACACAGGUAAGCAACACCGACAGCAAGAAGCCGACUGAGUGA